UUUUACCAGUGUUUUAGAAUUAAAUAUUAUGCUCUAAAUCGUGUUUUUAUGUGACUUUAAAAAGGAUCAGAACUGCAAUGCCGGGGACUGAAGACAGUACGACGGAACUCGGAGAAAUAGAGAAUGUCAGAGUUGUAGUCCGUGUUCGACCUUUAAAUGGGAAGGAGUUGGACGGACAUUGCAAAAAUAUAAUACGCGUAGACACUAUUAAUAGUGAAAUAACCAUUGAAAAUCCUAAUGCCGCACAGGGAGAACCACCAAAAUUCUUUUGUUUUGAUGCUGUUUUUGAUACGGACUCGACACAAGUUGAUAUUUAUAAUGAAACUGCAAGACCUAUUGUGGAUAAAGUUUUGCAAGGAUACAAUGGAACCAUAUUUGCAUAUGGACAAACUGGCACUGGUAAAACUUAUACCAUGUCAGGAGCUAAAACAUCUCCUCAGCUUAGAGGAAUUAUUCCUAAUACCUUCGCACAUAUUUUUGGACACAUAGCUAAAGCUCAUGAUAAUCAAAAAUUUCUGGUACGUGCAACGUAUUUAGAAAUUUACAAUGAAGAAGUAAGAGAUCUGUUAGGUAAAGAUCAAAAUUCAAGACUGGAAGUAAAAGAAAGACCUGACAUUGGAGUAUUCGUAAAAGAUCUUAGUGGAUAUGUCGUAAAUAAUGCUGAUGAUUUAGACAGAAUAAUGUCUCUUGGUAACAAAAAUCGUGUUGUUGGAGCUACAGCAAUGAAUGUGUCCAGUUCAAGGUCUCAUGCAAUAUUUACAAUUACAGUGGAAUCUAGUCAACUUGGAGAAGAUGGUGAACAACAUGUUAAAAUGGGAAAACUUCAUUUAGUUGAUUUAGCUGGUUCAGAAAGACAGAGCAAAACAAAAGCUUCUGGAGUUCGUUUAAGAGAAGCGACGAAAAUUAAUUUAUCACUUUCAACAUUAGGUAAUGUAAUAUCUGCAUUGGUUGAUGGUCAAAGUUCACAUGUGCCUUACAGAAAUUCCAAACUGACAAGAUUGCUUCAAGAUUCUUUGGGUGGUAAUUCAAAAACGUUGAUGUGUGCAAAUAUAAGCCCUGCAGACAUAAAUUAUGACGAAACUAUAAGCACGCUUCGUUACGCGAACCGUGCUAAAAAUAUAAAAAAUAGAGCGAGAAUUAAUGAAGAUCCAAAGGAUGCUCUGCUUCGACAAUUUCAAGUAGAAAUUGAACAGUUACGCAAGCAAUUAGAAGAAAAUGGUGCCGAAAUUUCAGAAUCUGAAGAUGAUUCUGAAGAUUCUGAAGAAACGGGAGAAACUAAACACGAAAAGAAAGUAAGGCGCAGAAGAAGUCAAAUACUCACAAUGGAAGAACUUGAAGAUGGUGAUGUAGAUUCAACUGAGAAAGUUGAUAAAGCUGAGAGAGAAGAUAAAAGUCCAGAUGAUAAAGAUGUCAUAGAAUUGAAAAGAACUCAGAGUGAAAAGGAGGCAUUACGAGAAAAAAUGCAAAACUUACAAAAUAAGAUUUUAGUCGGAGGCGAAAAUUUAUUAGAAAAAGCAGAAGCUCAGGAACAAUUAUUGGCUGCUGCAGCAAUUGAACUGGAACAACGUAAAAGUAGAGAAGAACAACUGAAAAAAGCUAUUGAAGCCAAAGAAGCUGAGCGCAUUGACAUAGAAGAGAAAUAUUCUUCUCUGCAAGAAGAAGCAGCAGGAAAAACUAAAAAAUUAGCUCGAGUGUACACGAUGUUAAUGUCUGUUAAAGCGGAAUUAUCCGAUUUACAACAAGAACACCAAAGAGAGAUGGAAGGUCUUUUAGAAGGAGUCAGGGGUAUUGGAAGAGAACUGCAACUGCAAGAAUUAAUCGUAAACAGUUAUAUUCCAGUUCAAUAUCAAACAAUGAUUGAAAGAUAUGUUCAUUGGAAUGAAGAUAUUGGAGAAUGGCAACUAAAAUGUGUGGCAUAUACUGGUAAUAAUAUGCGUAAAGCACAGGCUACCCCACCUGUAGGAAGUAAUAAAGAUCAAACUCAGCCGGAUAUGUCAAAUAUAUAUCUCUCUUACAAUAAUGGAAUCGACAAUACUUUUGUGCAACCAAAAAAAAUACGAGGACGAUCUGGAGUUCCAAGACCAACUACGGCACACAGGCGUACACCACACUAAAAGUACAUUUAAACUAUAAAAUUAUAGAAAUAUUUACUUUUCACUAAGUACCUUUUUUAGCAUUUUUGAAAAAUAUUAUUUUAAUUUAUUUUUGUUUAUAUAAUUUAUAUAAAAGAAUCAGUAUUUUGUGUAACUUUACUUUUAUUUUAAAUUGAAGAUAUUCAAUUCUAUAUUGAACAUUAGGAAGAAGUAAGGAGUGUAUAAUGUAGUGGAAAACUUCGGUUAAAAUACUGAUUUACUUGAGCUGCACGUAUUGUGCUAUAUAACUAUGCAAUUGAGAAGUACAUAAUGAAGAAAAAUAUUUCUAAUUAAUCAGUCGAACUAAUUUUUGCUAAUUUAUAUUAACUAUCGUAUGGUAAAAUAUAUAACUAAAUUCGAUACAAUUUUAACUUUAUUUAGAGUUAUAUUUAUAUAUAAUAAAAAAUGUAUUAACUUGAAUGAACUAUCACAAAAAGUAAGGUUUAUGUUAUAUAGAUAAUAUUUUAUGUAUUUAUAUUUCUCUGUGAUGUUUGUGAAAUAUGAGAUGACAAAAUUUAAACAAAUAACGAACUCAAAAAUCAUAGUAACUACAUUUUCAUAUUUAAUAGCAUGCAAUAUAAAUUACUAUUAAAUAGAAAAUUGGUUUAAAGAUUCUAGAGAAGGAAAUACAUGCUGUACCUGUGUGAUGAGAAAUAAAAUGUUCUGUUCGGUAUAGAGAUAUUAGAUAAAUGUAACAAGAAAAAAAA